UUAAAAAUGAAAUAAUAUGUAGUCAUAAAUGAAAUAAAUUAUUAUAUAAGCGUAUCAAAUUGUAAGUAGGGAUUUGAGUUGGCUUCGUAAAAGUUGUAUUUUAAGCUUAAUAGAAGAUGAUUGAUUGGGAGCUUAUCUUAUCCCGUCAGCUUUAAAACUUCACUUAGGGCUGAGUAAAUCGCCGCUGCACACCAAAAAUGCCCGACGAAAUGUAAUUUAUCUUUUCCUAAAGGAACAAACGUCUAAGCGACGAGUUAAGAAAAACAACGCGAAGCGCGAAUGUUUUAUGGCUUCGAGAUAAAUUUAUGAUUCCCUUAAAAAUUCGAAAUCUAAAAAAUUUAUCUCGACCACUUUACCAAAAUUUCUAAUUAAAAUUUAGGUUGCAUUUGUAGCAAAACUCGUUAGAAACUACUUCACUUUACUCGUAGUGGUAACAUGAAGUUUAACCCUACCUAUUUACAACUACAAAACUUAAAUUAUAUUUAAAUUCAUAAAAUAAUUAUUUCAAUCUAAAAAAAAAACGAAUAAUGAUGAAAGAAUAAAAAUCUCUUUAAAAUCGUGACCUUCCACCUUUUCUCAACCGUAAAAUUAAAUUGAAGCAAUCCGGCACAAUGCAAAUCCUCAGAAAAGGUUUCAAUCCUGCAGAUUGCAUUUGGGUUAUUUAGGUCGAGCUUUAGAACGAUUGUAACAGGACAAGUGUUUUCCUCUUAGAAGUUUAAUUCGUUCGUCGAGAGUGGAUGUCAAAGGACCCGACGGCAGAAACAAACCUGAAAAUUGUUCACCCGAUUAUAGAAAUGAUCAAUAAAUACUAAAAAUAGUUUAAUUAAACACCAUUAUUGAUUCUGAUUCGGUUCCGUAAAUAAACAUGAAUAGAAACCGGAAUCGCUUUAAACGAAGAUUAAUUAUUCAUCCCUAAAAGGAACUAUCAUUUACAUACUAUGUUUUGGUGGGUGUACGUAGCUUAAUAAACAUUAAUAUUAAUAACGAAAUUGGCUUAUUACGAAAUUUUGUGGAUUUGGAAGUUAUCGUUAAUAAUUUACAUUAUGGCAGCGGGAUCGGCUGUGGCCAUGAUUGGGGCCAACUUACGAUUUGGGAGCAUGGCCGCAAACGCUACAUCCAACGCUACAAGAGUUUUUCAGUGCCAUCCUGGUGGAACCGCCGAAGCAGCAUUAAUUUUUGCAUUAGGAAGUAUGGGAAUGGCUGCAAAUAUUGGGCUCAUGGCUGUAAUUCUUGCUAAUCGACAACUUAGACGGUGGUCCCAAGGGUUACUGUUUCAUCAGGGAGUUGUGGACUGUGCGAGGGCCGCCCUAUUAUUACCCUUAGGAAUGUCUAUAUUGCACUGUCAACCAGUGCACAAGUGCUCGCUGGUUGAGACAGCAUUUCUACUGUUAGUGACCGUCGCCACAGUUAACAUGUUGACGACAGUCUUGAACGACUCCCCGAUAUUUCCAGACGACGAAAGCGACGAUUCCGAAUAUGCGGAGGCGCCUCUCUUGAUGGAUUCGCCGCAGUGUGUUCUAUUCGGCACCUUCAUGAUUUGGUUCGCCUCUAUUACCAUCAAUUUAGGUCCGACGUUCCUAUCGGGUGCUUUGGCCGCGCCGGGCGAACCGGGUCACAGAGCACCCUCUUGCCCUUUGAUUCACGGCCCUCUGCGACACUACAUCCUGAACGCGCUCUGGAUCGCCGUAAAUAUAGUGUGUGUCCUCUUGACGCUAUUCCACUUGCGAAAGCUCCACAGGGACUUGACGAAAGCGAACGUGGAGGCCGUACGGGUCGCAGGCCUGGUUACUACGCUCGUUAACGUGACGGGUGGUGGAAGAGUCCCCACUAUACCCGGGGGACCCAUCGGAAACGACACUAGUGCAUCUCACCAGACCAACGUCAACGGUGAACGGGUAUCAGGUGCUUUAGAAGAACACAGAAAAAUGCGCGAAUAUUUAGACAGAAUGGAAAGAGACGGAGUCCAACGAGUGAAAAUGUUCGUUAUUAUAACGGCUGCUUACGUAUUAUUUUGGGGACCACUGUUUUUCGUCACGUUAGUAAACCACCCGGUCCUUGGAAACCCAUUAGGACACGAGGGAGACACCGAUUUGAGUCCAUGGACAAUAGAACCGAUAAAUGGUACAUUGUUGCCAACGCCAACAGUCCAUUAUUCAAGCCCAGAUUUGGGAUCACCCAGUGAUAAUGGGUAGCCCGAUUGGGACAAGUCCACUUUAAUCUAAGAGGUGGAUCAAACCGACACGAGACAACAUGAGCCCGAAACGAGGAAGCACCAACAACACGUAGUCAUUUAAGCAUAAUAACACCUUCUCCUAGUGUCCAUUUGUCUCUAUCUUAAAAGUAGUGCAUGAAAAUCAUAUGUUAUAGUUCAAAUUCGAUCCUAAAAUGAAGUAACGAAUUGGCUUCUAUAAAUAAAUCUUUUUAAAAAAAAAGGAAGAAAUAUUUUUUAAAAAUAUCGACCAAUCAAGGGAAUUAUAAAUUAAAAGUUGAGUAGAUACAAAAAGUCACAUUUGAAUUACACGUAUUGAUAUCAUUAGCUAAUCGCACAAAUUUGUGUAUAAAUUAGCGAAAGAAAAUCUGAGGUAGGAGUAAUAGUGGGUUAAAAAGAAAUAAACGUGAAAGAUUGCUCAAAAUGAUAGUUAAAAAAACAUGUUUAAAAAGACUAAGAUAAAUUUUUUAAAUCACUGCCUAAACGAAUAAGAAGGGUAACUUAAGAAGUGUCCACUAAAACUAAUAUAGUACUUAAAAAAUCUUAAAAUCUAUGAAUCGUAAAUAAAAUUGGAACGUUCCUAAAAAUACAAGUAUUGUAACGAGACACCCAGCGAAAUGGAAAUAGGAAUUGACUAUAUGUACCUAAAUAAUAAUAAUUGUUCGUCUAAAAUAAUUUUAAUUUCUUUUCUUUUUGUGAUGCUAAAGAACUGAUCUGAUAUAAUAAAAUAUUAAGAAUGUAUUAAAUGUAUCUAAUUUUGUAUAGAUAAUUAUGAACGUGUACAAAAAAUGAAUACUUAUAUGGAAAUGUACUGAGAGAUUAUUUUGUAGAAUAAUAAAGAAUUCAGCAUAAAUCAGA